AUGCAGACUACAGCGAGCUCCCCUGAAGCUGGUGGAGGGUAUACGGCGCGGCGAGGCCAUGUGCCUCAGCUGUCGAUUAGCGAUCCGAGUCAUCAUGUCACCGAGGCUAUUGGACACAUGUACGAUGAUGAUUACGAUAAACGGGAAUCCAGACGUCUCAGCUACAUCUCAUCUCCGUUGAGCGAAGCCAUAUCGAUCGUUCCCCAGAACCGGACAGGUGAACAACCUUCACAAUCAUUACGGGUGCCAGACGAUUCCGAUCGCGGUCAUCCCCGACUUUCUAAUGGCCACUCUCAUCCUUCGAUGGUUAGAACGAAGUCCUCAGAUGAUAGCCCGACAUCGCCAGGGGCCACCGAUACUGCCACCACUUCCUUUCCCCUCAACGACAUUGAUUAUGAAUCUGACCCGGCAGCGGUGGCGCAAGAACUGAAUAACCUGGCUGCCAUUCGGCGGAUGUCAAUGGAUGUUACUGCGACCGGCGAUCCCGAUCUUCCAAGUUUCAAUUUCCCCGUUCCCUCGAUAGCCCCCUCACCCUCUGCCGAUGAAAACGAUACCUCGCGACUAUUUUGGGUUCCUGCCCGCCUGCAUCCGGAGCUGGCUCCGAAAGAGUUUAAGUCGUUUCUCGAGAGUAAAUCGGAACAUAUCAAGCGCAGAUCAGGCGAAUUUUCCACAUUGAGCCCUGAACGCCAAAAUUCAAAUAGUUCCCUCACUCGAAAGCGGUCUAUGUUAUCCAAGCAAAUUGACAAUGGCCAAGGCUACACGGAUGGUGCAGAGCGGUUAGAGCGCAAACGGUCUCAGAAUAGAGAUCACCAAGGUCCAAAUCUGCAAGAAAUAGAAAGUCUAGUGGGCGAAACCUCGCAAAAGACCCCGAUUGCCGCCACUCUUUUGGAAACUGUUCAGGCCCUUCACAUCUCCCCCGAGGAUGAUCGGCCAAUCCUUCCUCCAGCGCCGCCGGGUCACAGUCUCAGGCGUUCUACGAGAACCCAGUAUCGGAAGGCUGGUAGCCUGAAGAAGGGUGAACGACCUUCCUAUGCGAGAAGAACUGGUCGGAUUGCUGAUUCGAGGGAUAUGCCUGGCUCGCUCACUGGCCCUUCCGGCCGUGAACCAAUAUUAGGCCUAACUCGAGUGUCAACGGACCCUACUCCCAGCGUCACGCGCUCACAAGCCUUGGCCAAGUCGCAGGACUCGGACACAGGUGCGGCAUUUGACUCGCUGCUAGAAGACACGCAACAAACAAAAGAAGGAUUGACAGGGCAGCCGUUGACAGACUCCGGUAAUAGGGUGAAUCUGUCUCAGCAACCUCGGCAAUGGGACUCACGUAUCGAUUCGAAUGGGCGGCCGAGCGCCGUAAUGCUAGACCAAAAGAUCCCUGAGAUUGUUGAAACCCCUGCGCCUGAGAUUCAUACACCGCCACAAAACUCACAGCGCAGCAGCACUUCAGUCCGUGUAUCCAGCCAUGAUACUCCACUCCAGUCUAAGCCUGACAAACGGCCGGUCGCGUCUCGGACGCACUCUACCCAUCCGACAGAGCCCGCGUCGACCUUGAGUGAAUUUGCCAGUAAUCCUCAGGUGUUACCAGGCAAUACCACUAGAACGGACAAUCUGUCGUUCAUUCCAACUUUCCCAGAAGACCGCAAGUCCGAAUCGAAGAAAAGCAAGGAUAAAAAAGAUUCAGAUGGUGGGCGCAAAUCGAGUUGGCAUUGGUUUCUGGGCUCUGAGGAUAAAGAAAAGGAGAAGAAGAAAGAUAGCGAAUCGAAAAAGACCAAAGCAAAGAUUGCGGACAAAGUUCAUGAUGCUGCGAAUAUUCUCCCCGCUUCCAACGAAUCCGCUCAACGGCGUGAGAGCACGGUUUUUGACCGACAUGACGCGAGACUCGAAGAGGAGCGCAAGAAGGACAAUGCUCGGAGAUCGUCAGCGGAAACCAAAAAAGAGAAAGAGUCUGGUUUAUUCUCUUCUAUAUUCGGUGGCAGCAGGAAAAAGAAUAACGAACAUCACCAUAAAAAAAGUCUGUCCAGAACACUAUCACCGGAGCCCCCGGUCCGCAUACUACAGCCGGAUGUCGACUAUCCCUGGACCAGAUUCUCAAUACUAGAAGAACGAGCCAUCUACAGAAUGGCUCAUAUCAAGCUGGCAAAUCCUCGGCGUGCUCUGUACUCUCAGGUGCUUCUGAGCAACUUUAUGUAUUCGUAUCUCGCCAAAGUUCAGCAAAUGCAUCCGCACAUGAUGGUGCAAUCAUCGGCGUCACAACGUCAGCAAAAGAGCAGGGACCAAUCUGAUGAGUACUUGCAAUAUCAGAGGUAUCAAGAGUCCCAGGAUCAGCAUUAUGAUGAUAGUUCGUAUGAUGAUCCCCACAUGUACGAUUACGGCGAUGAUCCCCAUCAAUAUCAGCAAUAUUCUCAUGGAGGCAAGCACCAGGGCUAUGACAAUGGGAAUGCAUAUGGCCCUGGGCACAAUCAGUAUGGGCACAUGUCAUUUGGUGACGAUGUGCAGCUAGACGAUGACGAUGAUGAUAUGUGGUGA